CAUGGCAAAAGAAAAGCAAAAGAAGAGUAGUGGGCUUCACCUUUAGCUUUAUCUUUGCUGCUGCUUUGCAUAUAUCUCACCUGCACUGUGUUAGUGUCCAAAACCAUAAACAUACAGAAUCCACAUAAUCAAUCAACAUUCCCCACCUUCUCUUCCCAUUUUUCAUCUUCUAUACUUGAUAUAUCGAACAUUACAAAUAGCUAGGCAGAGACAAAAUCAUAAUUCACCAACCCAAGAACACACAACAGACUGAUAUGGAUAUAUUGUCACAACUUUGGUCACUCUUAGGUCUUCUCACAGUACUUCAAAACAUCUUACCUGCACAAGUCCUCUCCCUUCUUCACUCCCUCAUUGAGUCCCUCCAAGACCUCAUUUCCCAAUAUUCAUACUUUGACAUCCCGGAAUUUAAUGGCUACUGUGGUGUUGACAUCAAUGAUCUCUAUCGCCAUGUCAACCUCUACCUCAACUCUGUCAACUCCUCUGCCACUGCCUCCACUUGCAGACGCUUCUCCCUCUCCCGGUCCAGGUCAUCCAAUUGCAUUUCCUUCACUAUAGCUCCCAAUCACACCAUCCACGACUCCUUCAAUGGCCACUCCCUUUGUUGGACACACCAAGUUGACACUGUACAGGACUCAUUAGAAGAGAAACGUAGCUUUACUCUCAAACUUCCAAAGAGACACCGGCAUAUGCUGCUGUCGCCUUAUCUCCAGCAUGUGACAUCGCGUGCUGAAGAGUUCGAGCGAGUAUCAAGAGAGAGGAGGCUGUUCACUAACAAUGGCAAUGCUUCAUACGAGUCAGGCUGGGUCUCAGUUCCUUUCCGUCAUCCAUCCACCUUCGAAACGCUGGCUCUGGAGCCUCAAUUGAAGAGGCAGAUAAUGGAGGACUUGAAGGCAUUUGCUAGUGGCAGAGAGUACUAUCAUAGAGUUGGGAGGGCAUGGAAGAGGGGUUACUUGCUCUAUGGUCCUCCAGGGUCAGGCAAAUCAAGUCUAAUAGCUGCAAUGGCUAAUUAUUUGUGCUACGAUGUGUAUGAUCUUGAACUCACCAAAGUCACAGACAACUCAGAUCUCAGAGCUCUGCUAAUCCAAACUAGGAAUAGAUCAAUAAUUGUGAUCGAGGACAUAGAUUGUUCCCUUGAUCUGACUGCUGAUAGAAUGCUAAAGGCCACUACUGCUACAGCUACAAGAAGGAAAACAUCAUCAUCAUCAGGUUAUAAUAAGGACCCGCGUUCAGGCAAUUAUCAGUUAUUAGAGGAGAGUGGGCGUGUUACCUUAUCAGGUCUCCUCAACUUCACAGAUGGAUUAUGGUCAUGUUGCGGGGAGGAGAGGAUAAUAGUGUUCACAACCAAUCACAGAGACAAAGUGGAUCCUGCAUUGGUUAGAUGCGGGCGGAUGGAUGUGCAUGUAAGCUUAGGCCCUUGUGGUAUGCACGCGUUCAAGGCAUUGGCCAUGAACUAUCUUGGGAUAGAGGAGCAUUCUUUGUUUGAUGCGGUAGAGAGCUGUUUACGGUCAGGUGGCGCACUCACUCCUGCUCAGAUAGGGGAGAUAUUGCUGCGGAAUAGAGGGAGCAAUGCUGAUUUAGCAAUGACAGAAGUGGUGUCUGCAAUGCAAACCAGAAUUUUGAGUGCUGGUGGCACUGAACAUCUAAAUACUAGUAUAGAGUAUGAAGAUACGGUGACCUUGACAAGGUCACCACAGAGUGUGUUAACGGUAGGGUCGUCACCGGAGAAUUGGGACUCAUCUCCAGGCAAGAUUAGCGGGAAGAAGAGGAAGGCCAAGUUUCUUGUUAGAUUAAGAUCUUUGACCAAGUCCGGCUCUGGUAGAAGGGGUGUAUGAGAGUUUCGAUGUGCUCUUGUCUUGUGAAAGUUUUGAAAAUUAAUUGAAACACCAGCUUUUCUUAAUGGAACCUACCAAGCUCCAUAAAAUGUUUUUCAGUAAUUGUUUUUUCCGUUAAAAGUUCUAAUAAUCAUUUGAACCUUUUCAGUAAAGGAUCAUGAUCAUCAAGAUUCAGGAACACGGAUUGAAAUACAAUUACUAUCAAGUUAAUUUGUAUUUGAGCAGCAUUAAGAUGGCGCUUGUGUGGGAAUUCCAUUAGUUUAUGCUGCAGCUUAAGGCUAAGUGAUGAAAAUAAUGAGUCACGUCCAGCAAAUGGACAGCAGAAAGUGAUGUGGAGCCAUAAUGCCCUUGAAAGCAAACACCUUCCCCUUUGGAACUCAUCGUUUUUCUUUGUUGAGAUUGAAUAAUAGCAGAAAGCUCUCUCGUGCGGUAUAAGUAAUCUAAUCAUCAUUCUUCAUGGCCCUGGUAAUAGCAGGUUUGAACAGUUCUUUAAGAAAUUUAACUAAGCAUUCAAUUUUUUUGAAGGUUGACUUUUCCAUUAAACUGUAAUUAUAAUUAUCCUUAAUAAAUAAUCAAAGAAUUAGUAGUCGCUGAUCUUCUUAGCAGAUGAUGGUGGUCGGUGAAAGUUGAAGGGCUGUAAUUGGAGACCAUAAAUAUAGAUCUAGAAAUCAAGAUUGACCAAUUCCUUCAGUCAACUCUUUCUAGCAACUUCCAUGUAAUACCUUAGGACAACAAGUUUUGGUAUGUUUUGGCCAACAAGUUGCUAUCAAGACAAGGGAUAAAGAGGGUCCUACUCUUAGGUGGCAUGAAUUUUCCUUCGCACAAUUGUGCGAACAUCAAUUUGUUAUCAUCGUGCACGUAUCUAUAUAUGCGUACGUGGUAAGGAUUAAAGAUAACGAAGAACAGUAUAAGCCCGCGUGCCAAAUUAUUGAAUGCUUGAAAAGUAAGCCGCCUAGUCAAGGAUGAUGUUCUAAAAGGGAUGUUGUCUCUCACUAUAAAUAUAUGGCUUCAUGAGCUCAGAUUGGAGUUAAGGAUUCAACAGCUUUUUUUUGUCAAGAUCAACAACUGGAUCGUGUGUAUACUCAGAGCAAAAGAAAUAUGAUGAUGGAAAGCAGCUUAGGGGACGUGUUAUUGAAGGUGGCGAUGUUUGUCAUAGUCCAAGGAUUGGUCUAUCUCAUCCUUUCAAAAUCAUCCAAUAUUUUCUCCAAGACAAAUGAUAAGAGAUCAUCUAGCUUCAAGACAGCUCGCUCUGUUAGCAUUCGACGGAUUCUUGCUGUUCUACAAGACUUGCCUCCUGGUGGUGAGUUGUCUCCAGCUUCUUCAAAGAGCACGCAAGUGCAAUCCCCUACCGUUGAGAAGUCUAAAGAUCGAAGGUGAUGUAUAGCUAACGGAUUAUGGCUAGCUAGCUCCGCGCGCGCGCGCGCGCAGUGGGUUUAGAUCAAAAUAUAUAUGUUGUGACUACAUACAGCUAGAAGUGAUUUAAUUAGUUGGGCAAAAUUGUGUUUAAGAUGUAGUAUGUAUGAGCGGAUUUGAGUGAUUCUUUAAUUUUUUUGGUUCAUUUUCCAGUAUUGUAUUGAUGUUCAUAUCUGAAGUUGAAAUUAGUUAAUUUGGUAAAGAAUAUAUAGUUUAAGCUA